AUGAAUAGCUACACAGCAUCUCGUAGACCGAGUCGCAUCAAGAUCUCGCGCGACCCCGAGCUACCGCCCUCCUCCUCCUCCGGUCCAGCCGGCACAGAACCCAUCGACAACGACAAGAAGGCGAACGGCUACCUCAUCGCAUCGUAUCCCGAGACCAAGGCAGCCGCCGAGUUCAGGAAACGCGAAUUCAGGCAUCGCGAUGACGACGGCAAGCUCCUCGACCCCAAGCGCCACAUUGACCGCCGCAGCCUCACAGAUACAAACCACCUGAUCGAUCCGGCGCGCGCAACGCAGGCUUUCAACUUCAGCCCGGCAAACCCUCGCUUCACCCCAAUAGAGCACCUCAAGUUCGCAUUGGCAUUCCAGGAUACUCCCGCCAAGUUUGGAAAGAUAGCCGCGCUUCUCCCCGGUCGAAAAGCAUCAGAAUGCAUCAACCAUUACUAUCGCCACAAAUCCGACGGCCGCUUCAAGAUCGAAUCGCGUAAGGCGCGCUACGAUCGAUUACGAGCACCAAUCAUCGAUGGAGUGGUCGUACCUCCUCCCGAAAAAGAGCUGGCGAUGAGCAGUCUUCCCGAAUGGGACAUCAGACUGCGGGAAUUCAAAGGUCAGAAUCUUGCAACGUCGGCCAUGGACGGCGAGGAGUAUUAUCCGAACGGAAGAUCGAAGCGCAAGGCGCCUGCCGCGCCGAACUAUGGGCCAUCUGAACAAGAUCUGCUUGAAUUGGUGCCCAUUGACAUGCACGUCGAGGCGCUCAGAAAAGCUCUUGGCAUUCCCUCCAGAGUCAAGGUGUUUGAGAAGAUGAGACCCGGUCCUCGAAGAAAGCAAGUCGUGGUACCGCGGCCAUUCGGCCUUGACGUGCUCUGCAAGAGCUUCCAGCAUCCCUCUCACAUGACAGAACACAAGCUGAUGGAUUGGCUCCGGUCUGAGACAGUGCUGCCACUACUGAAGGAAUGCUUCACCGCCGUGGUCCACAACAAAGACCUCUAUGCCAAGCUCCAGCUCCUUCUGGGGGAAAGCGAGUAUCCAUGGUCCGGUCUGAUUGGCGAUCUGGCACAGCUCGCCCACGAGUACAAACUGUUCACGCCGCCAGAUAUGAAGAUCAUGCAUCAGGAAAUUGUGAUCAAGCUUGCGCAAUUCGUGUACCGGAUUGGACAUGCGAAUGACGAGUUUCUCAAGGAGCUUCACAGGCCGAACGCCUAUCCCGAGCCGAACAUGUACUUUGAUGGCGCCUCUGUGCUCUUGCUUGCCAUCAGAGACUUUACGGAAAACAAGGUCGACGGCUUCUUCGCUACUCUCUUGAGCUCCGAGCUAGCUUGGAUGGUGAAACCUACGGUCCGGGAACACUGGGAGCGUCUCUACACCUUCGAAGGAGAGGAGACAACUGCAGAUGAUCCGAUGGAUAUAGAAGAUGCAAUGGAUGUGGAGAGCUCGAUCGCUGUGGACGAUCCGGUUGAAGAAACGGUCGAGUCUGAGAAGCGCAAGAAGUGGAACUGGGAUAAGAUCAUCAAGUACGAAGGCACGGAGGGAAAAGAACAGGACUGGGACACGGAGGAAGUUAUCGUUCCAGCCAAGCCGCACCGGAUGGACAGUGCACGGUCAGGCCCAUCCAAGUGA